AUAUAUCUUUUAUACAAACGCUGCCUUAACAUGCCGGUAGUGUGAUUUCGAGUUUAUUCCGGCAACGCCGUAGAGUGUCUGUGGAGUCGCUGCAAAUGAAACUCUAUUCAUAUUCUUCGGUUUUAGGUCGGAGAAUGGUGAAAUCCGAAUGGAACCUGAAAUACUGUAUUCCUCCAUUACUGUUCUCACCCAACACAAAUACAAGAGCAUUUGCGUGUUCGUCGGAGCUCAAUGGAGCCUCCAUUUCAGUAGCUGAACCCAACAGUUCUUGGUCGACCCCUUUAUGCCGCGACUCCCCAAUUUCAGGGUCUAUGGAGCAAGUAAUGGUGGAAUAUGUUUUUGGGAGAAAAAAAGCAACUGAAGUUGCUCACUAUGUCUGGAAGCAUGUUGUUCAGAAGGGGGAUGCAGUUGUUGAUGCCACCUGUGGAAAUGGUUACGAUACCUUGGCACUGUUGAAACUGGUUGCUGAUCAGACACAGAAAGGUCGAGUUUAUGGCAUGGAUGUUCAGAAAAUUGCUUUAGAAAGCACUUCAUCCUUACUGGACCAGUUUGCUAGUCCAGAUGAGAAAGAACUUGUUGAGCUAUUUGUCAUGUCUCAUAGUCAAAUGGAGGACAUUGUUCCAAAUGAUGUGGCUGUAAGGUUAGUUGCUUUCAACUUGGGUUACCUUCCUGGAGGUGACAAAAAGAUCAUUACCAGGUCUGAAACAACUGUGCUUGCAUUAGAGGCUGCUAAGAGAAUCUUAGCACCUGGCGGACUCAUCAGCAUUGUAACUUAUGUGGGCCAUCCGGGUGGGAGGGAGGAGUUUGAGAAGAUUGAAGGUUUUGCUUCCAGACUACCGGUUGAGAGUUGGAACUGUUGCAAACUACAUACGGUAAAUCGCCCACUAGCUCCCAUGCUGAUAUUCUUAUUCAAAAGAUAGGACAGGAUUUUUGUGUUACCGAAAUGAGACUUGAUAUCAUGUAUCCAUGACUUGUAAAGAUAUACCGAAAUUGACUUGAUCAGAUCAAUUGGUAUUGUUUGUCUAUUAAAAGAAGAGAGAUACUGACAUUGAUAUUGUUUAUACAAUCCCAGAUUUGACA